AUGGCCAACGUCCGUGUGUUUUUUGAUAUCACCAAAGAUGACAAACCUCUUGGGCGUAUUGUUAUGAAGCUGUACCCUGAUGUACCAAAAACUACAGAGAAUUUCAGAGCUCUCUGUACAGGGGAAAAGGGGUUUGGCUACAAAGGCAGCACUUUUCAUCGCAUAAUACCGGGUUUCAUGUGUCAAGGAGGAGACUUCACAAAUCACAAUGGAACAGGAGGAAAGAGUAUCUAUGGAGCAAAAUUUGCAGAUGAAAAUUUCAUACACAAGCAUACAAAACCAGGAAUUCUAUCGAUGGCCAAUGCAGGCCCAAAUACAAAUGGUUCCCAGUUUUUCAUUUGUACUGAAAUAACUGACUGGUUGGAUGGCAAACACGUUGUGUUUGGUGAAGUGGUGGAAGGGAUGGAGUUUGUAAGAGCCAUGGAGGCUUGUGGGCGAGAUGAUGGCAAGCCAAAAAACAAAUUUGUUAUUGCUGAUUGUGGUCAGUUAUAA